AUGGUUCCUCCAGCAACAACAUCAGGACGAGUUGGUCGUAAAGGUGGUGAAAGAAAAUCAAAAUCCGUUCGCGCAGGUGUACUCUUUUCGGUACCACGUUUUCAUCGUUAUAUUAAAAAAUCAGUACCAAAAAGUCGUGUAACAAUGGCUGCUGCCGUUUAUACAGCUGCUGUGAUUGAAUAUUUAACAGCUGAAGUACUUGAAUUAUCUGGUAAUGCAGCUAAAGAUCAUAAAAAACAACGUAUCAAUGCACGACAUUUAUUCUUGGCUGUUAGUAUCGAUGAAGAACUUAAGAAACUUCUUCAUGGAGUCACAAUUCCUCAAGGUGGUGUCUUACCUCAUGUCAAUGCAUUCUUGUUUAAGAAUAAAUUAGGCAAUGAUGAUAGUACCCAUACUACUUCAACAGCUCGAACAUCAUCAGCUACUGCCGGUACCAACAAACCAAGUUUAUUAUCCUCAGCAAGCUUAAAGAAACAAACAUCAGUUGCUGGUAAAAAUGCAAGCAGUUCAGCUUGA